AUGAAGGCCACCAUCAUCGCCACCACUCUCCUCGCCCUGACCGCACCCUUCGCUGCCGCUGUCAACUCCAAGACCUACGGGCCAGUCGCUGCUUUCAAGGACUCCUGGAUCUCACUGCGAGCUGACGCUGCCGCCUUCAACACUCCUGUCCCGCCCCUGAACAUCACGCUCCAGGUCGCUGUCGCCAAUGCCUGGGACGAGGCCACGGUCAAUGGCGACAACAAGCCAGGAUUCUUGGGCAAUGAGUUCACGUUCUAUGUCGAGGACACGAAGCAGCCGAUUAAGAUCAAUGCCACUGAGCAGUGCAAGAUUGCGGCAGCCAAGGGAACCGGGUUCUCGCUUUUUGUGAGCAGUCCCAAGGCGCCGUAUGAGUUCAAGUCGCGCGAGACUGGCAUGGGCGCAACGCUCGUCGCAACUGUCAGUAACUGGGCGUAA